ACAAACCAACAAACAACAAAAGCGUCCAGAGUGCUUAGCCGCGCUUCGCGUCGAGCACGCACGCCACCACCGCCAACAACAGCAACAACAACAACAACAACGACAACAUCACCAUCCACCAUCCUUCAGCUCCCAGCUCCCAUCUCCCAUCUCCAUAUACACAUCCGCAUCCAUCUUCAGCUCCCACCACCCACUCUCCUGACCCGACCGAGUUGCAGCCACCCAGCCAGCCAACCCCUUAUCAACAGCAACAACAACAACAACAGUAGCAGUAGAAGCAGCAGCAGCAGCAUCAUCAGAAUAUCCUUGCAGGGCGCGGGCGCCCCACGCUGAGCUCUCCAAUUGUUCAACCUGCCGUUGCCGUUGCCGUUGCCGUUAACAGUUCAGCGUCGAAGACGAACGCGACAAUGGCUGCAUAUGCGCAGUUUGGAUAUGGUUACCCGUCGGCAAAUCAGUUACUUGGCGGUGCGGCGACUGCGACCGGCGACAGUCAGAGCGGACAUGGUGGGGGCUCGGUGCCAUCGCCACUGUCCGGCACAAAUGAGGCCUCGCUCAGUCCCUCGGGCGGCUCGACAACGACGGGCAUCACCGGCCCCGUCAGUCCAGGUGCAAUUUCGCAAACGUCCAACAAUGCGGGCCCUACAGUCUCGACGGUCACAGCGCCGACGGAUGCAGAUGCAGUUGGCAACGAUGUUGUUGGCGGCGGCGGCGGCAGCGGCAGCGUCACAGAAACAGAUGCCUCUGCUGCCGGCGUCGGCGGCGUCUCGAGCAGUGCUCUGGAGGCGCAUGUCCGUGUUGCCAAUACCAUGUCCUGCUGCGAAAACGGACGACCGAUCAUCACUGAUCCCGUCUCGGGUCAAACGGUCUGCUCGUGCCAAUACGAUUCGGCGCGUUUAACCCUCGGUGGCUAUUCUCGCAUGGCGUUACCUUCCGCUGGCGUUGGAGUCUACGGUGGACCGUAUCCAUCCAACGAGCAGAAUCCCUAUCCUAGCAUUGGUGUCGACAACUCGGCCUUCUAUUCGCCUCUGAGUAAUCCCUAUGGCAUGAAGGAUGGCAGCUCUGGUUCCGAUAUGAAUGCUUGGACCUCGGCUGGUCUGCAAUCAACUAGUGGAUAUUAUUCCUAUGAUCCCACAUUGGCCGCUUAUGGCUAUGGGCCCAACUAUGAUCUCGCCUCUCGCCGCAAGAAUGCCACACGUGAAUCGACUGCCACAUUGAAGGCGUGGCUGAGCGAGCACAAGAAGAACCCAUAUCCGACUAAAGGCGAGAAAAUUAUGCUGGCCAUCAUCACAAAGAUGACGCUGACACAGGUCUCCACAUGGUUUGCGAAUGCACGACGUCGUCUGAAAAAGGAGAAUAAAAUGACGUGGGAACCAAAAAACAAGACGGAAGACGAUGACGACGGACUGAUGUCUGAUGAUGAGAAGGACAAGGAGCCCAUCGAGGGCACAAAGCUGCAAGCCAGCGACACAUUUGAUCCGGGCCAUCAACGUAUCAAAUCUGAGCUGGCCAACAACAAGUCUGACAAGGAUCUGGACAUUGAGGAGAAGCUGGAGCGUGAGCCGCAGAAUUUGCUGGCCAUCAGGGGCAUGCCACCAUAUGGUGCGCCCAGUUUCAAUCCGCAUCCGGCGCACUCCUACAAUCCCUAUGCCCAUGUCCAUGCCCAGGCACAGGCCCAGGCACAGGCACAGGCGCACGCCCAGCAGGAGCAACAACAGCAGCAGCACCAGCAGCAACAGCAACAACAGCAGCAGACUGCAACUGGCGUUUAUUACAAUCCGGGCUAUGUGCAGAGUCAUGGCCAGGACGUUGGUGGUGGCAGUGGUGGUGGUGUUGGUGGCAGUGAAUAUACCGUUCAAAAAAACCAGCUGAGCAGAGACUGUGGCAUACCGGUGCCGGCGAGCAAGCCCAAAAUCUGGAGUGUGGCCGACACAGUCGCCUGCAAGACACCACCGCCUACGGUAUAUCUCGGCCAGAAUUUCUAUCCACAGCAGCAGCAAACACAACAACAAUCCCAAGUGUUGCCCCUGCUGCCCGAUUCACCCACGCAUCCCACGCAUCCGACGCAGCAGCAGCAGCAGCAGCAGUUGCAGCAUCCGGAGCAGCAGCAACAGCAGCAUCAUCUGCAGGCUGCGACACAGAUUAUGGGGCCGCAAGUCGAGCUCGGUUCGCCGCUGAGUAUGAUGAGCAGUUACGCCGCCGCAUCGCCAUAUUCGCGGAUACCUACGGCGUACACCGAGGCCAUGGGCAUGCAUACCAAGACGCCUAUCAAUAUGCAUCGCGAGCUCUCCCAGCUGCAAGUGUUGCAUUCGAGUUCCAGCCAGACGGCCUAUCAUCAUCAGCAGAGGGUGGGGUUUACCGAGAUUCAGCCCGAUACGCCGCCACAGACGCCUCCAAACAUGAAAUUGAUCAGUCACAACAGCACCAACAACAGCAACAACAAUCACAAUCAUCACAACAGCAACAACAGCAGCAACAGCAACAGCAGCAGCUCUACGCUACAUACAGGGCCCGGCCCGGUAGCGGUAACAUCCAUGGGUUCAAUGCUUUACAAUAACAACAACAACAACAACAACACCAACACCAACAACAACAAUAACAAUAGUAAUAAUAUCUAUAACAGUAGCAAUAGUAGCAGCAGCUAUCUAACGAGCAAUCGCUCAAAUUCGUAAGGCCCUUUCAAUCACAUUACACAUUAGAUGCCGAUACCAAAUAUAUAUUUCAAUAACCAGGCCCAAGUGGACAAGUGCAAAUAUCGCCACAGCAUCGUUUGUGAGAUGCAAUUACAAUAGCGAUAACGAUAACGAUUACGAUUACGAUAACACACUAAUUAGUUUGCAAUAAAUGUAGCUUAAGUAUGGCAAUAAAACUUAAUUUCCUACCAUAUCGUAAAUUAUUUUCACUUUAUAACUUUAAUUAGCAUAUUUACACUCAUCAAUUUGAAAAUGCCGUCUCCAAGUUGCGAGACUCACACGACAACAGUUUGCCAUGCAGUGGGAUUUGAGUCAUUACCCCAUUGAGUUUAAUGACUCGAACAUGACACUCCACAACAACAGAGCCACCAAGAAAGCAAACGGCAAACGGCAAACAGCAAACAGCA